AUGGAGGAUAGAGCCCUUGAACAAAGAAGUUUAUCAGAUGAUGUAAAUAAUAUGACUGAGGGUGGUGUCAUAGAUACGAAAAAUCAGCUUAAAGAAAAUACUGAAGUACUUGAAACCGUAAAAGAUCAAAAUAAUGAAAUUAAGAUAGCACUUAACGUAAUUUUUGAGGAAGUUAUUGAAAUUAAAAAGAAAAUGUACAAAAGAGAAAUUUCAUUAGUUGCACCGCAAAUUGAAAUGAAUAGAUUAAGAGAGGAUAACGACCGAACAUCAUUAUCAGAAAACAGAAAAAUAUUCAAACGUUUUUAUGAUGGAAAAGAGGUUGCAUGCAAACGAAUCAGCAUUCCUAAUGAUGAUGAAAAAUGGAAAAUGACCAAAAAUCGUAUUAAUGUUUUCAAUACCGAACUUUACCAACUAAAUAGAUUAAUUGAUAAUAUAGAGGAUUACAAUACUGAUGAAAAUAUUCCUACAUCUGAAGAAACAAGCGAUGAUGAGGAUGGUUUGUACGUGAGUAAUGAAAUCCCACCUCUUAUUCCUCCAUUAGAAGAUGGCCUUAGAGCGCACAGGAAUAA